AUCUUGGAGCAUGUUUGGUUGAGUUGAGGAAACUGUAUUGUUGGCAUUGAUUUUGAAAAGGCCAGUGAGCUUUCUCAUUUUGUUUCUUCAUUUGCUGGUUUGUUGGUACAUGGUCGUAGACAAAGAGCAACCAUGGGUGUCCGCUUCCUCGACUAUCUCGCACCGUUUGUGUCAAUAUUGCCUGAAAUCUCCAAACCCGAGCGAAAGAUCGCUUUCAAGGAGAAGGUAUUAUGGACGGCCAUCACUCUGUUUAUCUUCCUAGUGUGCUGUCAGGUACCACUGUUUGGUAUCAUGUCAAGUGAUUCAGCCGAUCCUCUGUACUGGAUAAGAGUCAUCAUUGCUUCCAACAGAGGUACAUUGAUGGAGCUGGGUAUUUCCCCAAUUGUCACAUCUGGUCUGAUCAUGCAGCUCCUGGCUGGUGCCAAACUGUUGGAAGUUGGCGACUCCCCCAAGGAUCGUGCCAUUUUCAACGGAGCGCAAAAGUUGUUUGGUAUGAUCAUCACGUUUGGUCAAGCAACCGUGUACGUCAUGACAGGCAUGUAUGGUGACCCAUCAGACCUUGGUGCCGGUAUCUGUGUGCUGAUCGUCAUCCAGCUGUUCUGCUCCGGUCUAAUUGUCCUACUUCUUGACGAGCUGCUGCAGAAGGGCUAUGGUCUGGGUUCUGGUAUCUCUCUCUUCAUUGCCACCAACAUCUGCGAGACUAUUGUCUGGAAGGCAUUCAGCCCCACCACCAUCAACACUGGACGUGGCACUGAGUUUGAAGGUGCAGUCAUUGCUCUGUUCCACUUGCUUGCCACACGGUCCGACAAAGUGCGAGCACUGCGCGAAGCCUUCUACCGCCAGAACCUGCCCAACCUGAUGAGCCUGUUCUCCACCAUCUUUGUCUUUGGCAUUGUUAUCUACUUCCAGGGAUUCCGUGUGGACCUGCCUAUCAAGUCUGCUCGCUACCGUGGCCAGUAUUCCACCUACCCUAUCAAGCUGUUCUACACCUCCAAUAUUCCCAUCAUCCUACAGAGUGCCCUGGUCAGCAACCUGUACGUCAUCUCACAGAUGCUGUCCACUCGCUUCGCUGGUAAUAUCAUAGUCAGCAUUCUAGGCACGUGGUCGACAGCCGAUGGCUCCGCCCGCUCGUUCCCAACGUCAGGUCUCUGCUACUACCUCUCGCCUCCGGAGACAAUCAGUCACGUCAUUGAGGAUCCCGUACACGCUGUUGCCUACAUUGCCUUCAUGCUGGGCUCAUGUGCAUACUUCUCCAAGACCUGGAUUGAUGUGUCUGGUUCAUCUGCCAAGGAUGUUGCCAAGCAACUCAAGGACCAGCAGAUGGUCAUGCGUGGCCACCGUGAGAAGUCAAUGGUCCAUGAGCUUAACAGGUACAUUCCGACUGCAGCAGCAUUUGGUGGUCUGUGCAUCGGUGCAUUGUCUGUGCUGGCUGAUUUCCUUGGUGCCAUUGGAUCUGGAACAGGUAUUCUUCUGGCCGUCACCAUCAUCUACCAGUACUUUGAGAUCUUCGUCAAAGAACAGCAGGAACUGGGCGGAAUGGGAACUCUACUUUUCUAGCCGUGUACUAUGCACGUUCUAGCCGUGUGUGUGUGUGUGUGUGUGUGUGUGUGUGUGUGUGUGUGUGUGUGUGUGUGACCUUUCUAGGCACUGUGCUCUUCCCCGUUGGGUUCAAGUGGAAAUGAGAGCGAGGAGCAGUGCGUCUCCUACUUUGUACAGGCAUCCUUGAAUGCAACGACUUCCACUGUUCAUUUUCUAGCUUUACUGUGCUACAUGUAAUGAUUUCCUUCCACCGCAACUUGUACUGGCUGGCAGCAUUUAUGUUUCUGAUUUGUAGCUGCUCAUGUUUAUCUGUUUAGAGCGCUCAUGCUCGCAACCUGCCUCAAUAGUACAAGCCAUCUUUGGUGAAGGACCUAACUAACGCAUGAUCACCUCUUCACUGGAUGAUGUUUUUUUCACACUCGAGUAGUAGCUGGUAAUAAUUUUUGAAUCUCUUCAAUUCUUUUGUAUAAAUGCUAUUCUGCAGCUGAGCAAACUCAAUAUGUUCGACUAAUUGAACGGAAUUGAAUGACUAA